AUGCCUGAGGACACUACUGGCAGUGCAGGCCUGGUGCUCCAUGAGACAAUCUGGUCAAGAUCCAUCCCUUUUCUGAAGUGGCUAGCUGAGCUAUUUUCAAAGGUGCAGCAUUACUUUCCUAUGACACAGACUUCACACCACAAGUCAGAGAAUACUAUUAUAGAUGACCUGGAAUUAUCCCCAGAGGCUGCCGUGUGGCACCACGCCUUAGAUAAUGUCAUCAAACUCAUAGUGCCUCUCCCAUGCCAGGUGCCUGUCCCAUGCCAGGGUGGAUAUAUAGAAUACAAAAAGCUAGCAGACCUUGCUGUGGACAAGGAUGGUAUCAAAAGGAUUUGCAGCAGCAAAGAUCCAAUGGUUGUCGCUCAGAAACUAAGAGACUUAACUCUCAAAAGAUUUGAGGCCUUCAGGGACCUACAUAACCUUCAAAACAGCAUCCAGGGACCCCUGAUGCAAGAUGCCAAAGACAAGGGCAUAGGACAUAUGAUCCUAGAAGAGGUUCAGCUGGAAGACCCUAGCAACAGGUAUGCUCCAGCAUAUCCAACUCAUCGCCCAGCUGGUGCUAUGUUAGUCAACUUAGCUGUUCUGCCAGAACACGCUGCAACUGUUUACUCUAAGUAUUUUGCUCCCUUCAGCAGUAAUGAUCCUUUGGUCUGCUCAGAGCCAGGUAAUGAUAUCAACCUGAAGAGAGCUCGAGCUUUUAGAAAAAUUAUUUCAAGAUAUGAUAAGGCACAGAGAAUCCAACAGUCCCAGGGUCAAAUCCCAGGACCUAAGAAUGAGCUUAUCUAUAACUGGUUCAGUAAGCACAUGACAGAGCUUAAAGGCCGGAUUAAGGUAAUUUAUAGUUGCAAGACCAUAUAUGUAUGGUGUCACACAAGUAUUCAAUCCAAUGGCCUUCACAAUAUGGUCAGGGCAGCAGUUGCUAAAGACAAAACAGUCCAUCCAGACGGUGCUAUCCUUGUAGACCUAGCUGUUUAUAAGGAGGGUGUCCGCACAGUUCUCCACAAGUACAGAGUUAUCGACUUUAUUCUCAUGAGUGAUGAUGAUCCUGUGGUUCUCUCACAACCCAGUGAAACAAUAGAAGAUAAGCAGGUUGCUGCUUAUAAGAAUAUGUUAAAGAGCCCAAUAGCCAAAGUCUGGGUUGCUGAAAAGCUGGCUGGAAUUAAGAAUCAACUAUCAGUCAUUCAUCCAAAUCAUCUAGAGGAGAUUAUCCAAAAGCUAGGCCUUGGAGAUAUUAUCAGAGAAGCAGUUCCUCUUAAAGUCCAAACAAUCUUUCAAGAAUCAGUUCAAGUUAACCUUGCUGUUGAGCCCAGUGGUAUCUCAAGGGUUCGCGCCCUUUGUGAGGUAGUCAAAUUCCAAAAGUUGAAUGGUGACCCUCACAUAAGAACAUUCAACAGAUACAAUCACAUUCUUCAGCAAUUUCAAGAGGCACGUGGUUUAAGGUAG